AUGCCUUCUAACCCGCACCCACGCGAUCAUUCUCCAGUCCUCGCUGCUUCUCCACCCCCUGCUCAUUUACCGUCUACAAAACCGGAAAAUCUUUCUACCUAUCCCUCCUCAGCUCCUCCACUAAAUCCGAAUAUCUCAUCCGGUGACGUACCGCUACAAACGCGUCCGAUACCUCAGACUAUCAUUAUUCCGGCACCCACUACCAUACCUCAAUAUGCUGGUAAACCUACUGAAAAACCUCUCCAGUUUUUACUUCGUCUUCAGCACUAUGCUUCAAGCAUGUACGGCUGGACUGAUACCGCACUACUGCAGGGUAUUUCUACCUUUUUACUGGAUACCGCUUUAGACUGGUAUACCCAACUAUCCCUUACCAAUAACCUUCCUACCACUUGGUCAGAGUUUCAACACCUAUUCAUCCAGCAAUUUACUUCUCCCCUCCGUCUUGCGCAAAGCGAAGAGAAAUGGAAUCGCUGUGUUCAACGUUCCGAUGAGCCUAUUAGUCAAUUUUUGGUUCGUUUACGGGAAAUCUGGUACGAGCACAAACCGAACGAGAGUGAGCAUGAUUUAAUUAAACAUCUUUACGCAAAAAUACGCCCGGAUCUAGUCACGCUUAUGGGCGUCCUUGAUCAUCCUACACUCAAUCAGUUCAUGGAUAACGCUCGCUCUGCCGAAGUAAUUAUUUUUUCUCAACAACACCAACUUACUCUGACUCGGCCUGCUGUAUCCGAUACCUUUAUCACUGUGCCCGCUUCUCUUCCGGCAUCUGUAACUCGCCGUAGCACUGAUGUUGUCUGCUAUAAUUGUAAAAAACCUGGUCAUUACUCUUAUCAGUGCCAUACUCAGCCUCAGUCACUAUAUCCAAAAAACUGA